GGCGCGGACGCGCGGGGCAUCACGGGCCGCCCGGACGCAGAAGAUGGCGGACGCGGCCGUGGGUAAAGACAAGUGCGGGGACCAGCGGCUCGUGUCGCUGCCCCUGUCCCGCAUCCGAGUCAUCAUGAAGAGCUCUCCUGAGGUGUCCAGCAUCAACCAGGAGGCGCUGGUGCUCACGGCCAAGGCCACGGAACUCUUUGUUCAGUAUCUGGCCACCUGUUCCUACAGACACGGCAGUGGUAAGGCCAAGAAAGCACUGACCUACAGUGAUUUAGCCAGCACUGCUGAGGACUCGGAGACCUUUCAGUUCCUGGCAGAUAUAUUACCAAAGAAGAUUUUAGCUAGUAAGUACCUGAAGAUGCUCAAAGAGAAGAGGGAGGAAGAAGAGGAAGAGAAUGACGAUGAGGAAAGCGACGUCGGCGACGUCCUGGCGUAAGCCAGCAUCAGUGCCUUCAGUGAGCCGGUGAGCGGGCUCCACGACAGCCUCCCAGCGUCACUGCCUUCAGUGAGCCGGUGAGCGGGCUCCGGACAGCCUCCCAGCAUCAGUGCUGCAGCGCCAGUGGCUCUGACGCAGCUCCUUGCAUCCCUCCUGCAGUGGACAGGACUGGGCAGCCUCCCUCCCACCCAGGCCGGGAGAGCUCUGGGCAGGUGGCACUGCUGUGGCUUUGGGUACAGCAGCACAUACCUCUGAGCUUCGUGUUGAACUUGCAGGAAGACCUGGAAAGCUCCAUGUCAGCUGUCUGGUCACAGGAACUUCUUGUUUUCACAAAUAGCUACAUGUGUAGCUCAUGUUCAUGUGCUGCCUUUGAAUUUUUGUAUUUUUUAACAAAUGGACUAUGCAUUUUUAUUGUACAGAAUUUGCUUUUCCUUUUCCAUUAAAGGUCUGUAUGUAUUUCACAGUAA